AUGGCAUCUUACCAUCGAGUACUAGAAACCUUUGGUCGGUCCAUCCAAGAUAACUCCCUAGAAUGUGACUGUGAUAUUCAUCCGUGGGAAAUUUCCAUCAAUGGUAGCCAGUGGGCUGGCAAGAUCCGAUUGAUCGGGUUUAUCGACGUGUUCUUCCUAAUCUCAUACUCUGCCAACGCCCGAUUCGAACAUGGAAUUAUCGAUAAAUUAGCCGUGGAAGAAAUCACAGGCCACAUUCCCGAUGCAAAAAAGGCCACAGAGAAGUCUAUAUCAGACCAGGACGAUAAGAAGGAAAUCAAAGAGGAUGAUGAUCAUGAAGGGCAACCAACUGCUUCCGGGCGCAAGCACUCACCACCAACAGAUCUCGAUGACAGCGAAGAGGAUCCAAAUGCAAAGCCCGAGGAAGAAUCCGAAACAAAGGCCAAACCGACUGAGACAAAAGCCAGUACGCCAGAAGCGUCCGAGGGCAAACCAACAGCCGAGGAAGCGACACCCGAAUUCCGUAAAACCAGCCUGUUAUCAAUUACCAGCUGGGGACACCCGAUCGGGCUGCGGGCAUCGUAUCCCAAGUCCUGGAUUCAAAGAUACAAGGUGGAAAUCAUGAAGCCGUGUAGUUGGGCGCUGAGCAAGCGCAUUAUGCGGGGCCUGAAGCCACACAGCACUUACGAUUUGAUGAAUGACGUGAUUCGUUGCGGCAUCAUCACACAGGGUCAGCUUGUGGGUCACAUUAUGGGUGUUGUUCUCGCUGGGACGCAAAUGGACGACACGGUCAAACGAUACAUUCAGGGAUUGACAUCGGGCGGGGAUGCUGGACGGCAAGCAUUGUCGAAUGAGAAGAUCUAG